AUGGCUGCUACUGCAGAAGAAGUAGUAAAGGAUGUUGGAAAAGCAAUUGAGGAGGAGCCUGUUGGUGAAAAGCGAGAAAGAGAAGAGGAAGCUGAAAGAUUGACGCCAUGGGAGCAACACGCGAGCAUCAUAAGCAUCCCUCGGUUCGAUUACACAGCUCCCUCUUCUCUGCUUCAUCAUUCUCAUUCCGGCUUCCUCGUCACCUGUGGCAUCAAAAGGGAGAAGAGUGCUACCAAAGAGGUCAUGUCCAUCCUUGGAAAGGUGUUAUUGCCUACAGGUGAGGAGAAAGCUGAAGUUUUGAAGUCUUCUGAUGCAUCUAAGAGACAAAAAGUUUGUGCACAAGAGACAGGAGAAGACGAAGGGAAGGCCACCUUGCAGGAAAUAGGUGAAAAUCCAGAUGUUGAGGAUCUCAGGUCGGCUAAAGAGAGUGUUAGUGAAGAACAGAAUUCCAUCAUGUCAUUGGUUAAGCUGACAAAGAGUGGCUUGCUUCUUUUUACUUUCCCUGUUGGAAACUCUACGGAUACUACAGAUAUUGUGUCGAGAAUCUUCCAGUUUAUGGAAUCUGGAGCUCUCAAGGCACCAGUCUGGUGCCAUCGGAUAUUCCCUGUACAAGCUACAUGUGCUUUGACAGAGAAAGAACUUCAGGAAACCGUAUCAAAGCUUGUUCAGCGGUUUGUAGAUGAUAAUCAAAAUACACUUUCAAAACCCGUGAAGUUUGCAGCUGGGUAUAACCGAAGAGGUGUGGAGGAGACAAAAGGAAAGAUUCAGAAAGCAUCAGAGGUUCUAGAUCAAUGUCCUUUGCUGGACCGCACUAAAUGCUUUGAAACUGUUGCGGCCGGAGUGAAAGCUAUUGUACCUGACUCAGUUGUGGAUCUCAAAUCUCCAGAGUUAUGUGUUCUGGUGGAACUCUUACCGCUCUCUAGAAUACCAAAUGGCUCCUAUGUAGCUGCUGUUUCAGUGCUCCCAGAUAGGCUAGUCAUCACAAAGCCUAAACUCGUGAUUAAGCCUCUAGUUGCAGAGACCAAACAGAAGAAGGGACAAAACUGA